AAUGGCUCGGCAUUGUGCAUUUUGUAUGCUGACAGCGGUGCCGUAUCUUCUGUGCGAAUGGUCGGAUCUGGCGCUAGUUUCUUCUUCUUGGCCUCGAACACGCCGUGUUGCCUAUGUGCAACUUGCCGCAAGGACUUCUGAGCUCUCAGACGUGCUCACCAUUCUUGAUGUCUACUUACAGUCAGCAAUCAUUCGAAGCUGGCCGCUGCGUAGAAGCCUCACCACGAGUACGCUUACUGAUAACAUACGUCUUCAGCCCGGGUUUUGGCUGAGUAAGAGGUGAUCGAUUUUGUCCCUCCUUCCUCUCGCCAUGACUCGUCCCGUAGAAGGGAUAGAAUUGGAAGGCAGAUCGACUGCUUGCAGCUGCGUCGACAUUAUUGAGGACGAUGUAGUCAUCGCGGAGCAUCCGACUACAGCAUCGCACACAGGCUCCAUCGGACAGGCCUCUCCAACGGAUUUGGGCUCGGAUAACGCGGAUCGUGAGCAAGAUGUCAACCUACCUCCCGCUGAUAGAGGGGUGCAAGCUUGGUGUUUUCUGCUGGCAGCUUUUGUAGUGGAAGCUAUAGUAUGGAGCUUCCCGUUCACUUACGGCGUGUUCCUAGAAAGCUACCUCAGUGACCCGACGUAUGCCACUCAGAGCCACGCCACCGCCUUGUUGCCCUUGAUUGGCACAAUCUCUUCGGGCAUCAUGUACUGCGCUGGUACUGUACUCCAUCCCGCAAUCGUGAGGUAUCCCCGCUUGCGCCGUCCUGCUGUCUGGAUCGGCGCCACCCUCUGUUCGGCAAGCCUCUUCUGCGCAAGCUACACUACGAAGAUAUCCGCUCUUUUUGGGCUUCAAGGAGUUGUCUACGCCAUAGGCGGCAGCCUUCUCUACUUCCCGACCAUCUUCUAUAUGAACGAGUGGUUCGUCCGACUGCGCGGGACCGCGAGCGGCAUCGUAUUCGCCGGAACCGCCGCCGGAGGACUCAUCCUCCCGCUCGUCUUCCCGCCUCUCAUCACCAAGUACGGCGCACCGAAGACGCUCAGGAUCUUCUCCAUCGCCAUCGCCUGUCUCCUGCUCCCAGUUAUUCCGUAUAUCAAGGGCCGACUCCCGCCUAGAGUAUAUGGACCUGCACCAAGAGCGAGCAACCGCGGCUGGUUGAAGAAUUCGUCGUUUUGGCUUUACACCGCGGUGAACUUGAUCCAAGCCUUCGGCUACUUCAUGCCUGUCGUCUGGCUGCCAACCUUUGCGAGCGACAUGUCCUUAGGAUCGUUGGAGUCGGCUGCUGCCUUGGCCGCCCUCAACGGCGCCUCUGUCGUAGGCGGACUUCUCAUGGGUUAUCUCUCCGACCACUUCAACGCCUGGCUCCUCGCCCUCGGGUCGCUCGUCUCGACCGCGCUUGCCACAUUUAUCCUAUGGGGCGUCCUCGGCAACACAUUCGCAGGCCUCGUCGCCUUCGGCGUGGCAUACGGCAUCGUCGCUGGCAGCUUCAGCAGCCUUUGGAUGUCCUUUGCGCGCAUGUACGCGAAAGAAGAGCCCGGCCUCUCCACGACGCUCUUCGGCUAUAUAUGCCUGUGUCGCGGCAUCGGGAACGUGCUCUCCACGCCCAUCGCUACUGCACUGACUAGCAGGAGUAUCUCAAGCACGCUGCCCAGCGCGACUGGCUUCGCGGUAGGCGGUGGGAGGUUUGAGAGCAUGAUCAUCUACUCGGGGACCUGCUUCGCUGGCGCCGCGGGGCUUGCCGUCUUCGGGUGGCGGUCUGAAUUGUGGUCCCUUCAUCGGCAGUGAAAGCAGGGAGUAGCGUGUCAAAUUCCUCGAUAGGGUGCAGUGGUCGUGGUAUACAGAAGCGGGGCGGUAUAAAAUUCCCUUCAGAUCCAAAAAUCAUAGGCCGUCAGUAGAUCAGAUGUAAGUAGAUCAGUUAAAUGUAGUAGAUUGGUCGAGUCUUGGGCAUCAGUCGACGUUGAAUGGAGGCAUAAUUUGCGUCCUUCCUUCGACUGGCCAGACUUCUUCCAUGGUGUCGGCGUUCCACAGCCUCCCACUGCGCGCGACGUGUGAUAAUUCGCGCGAGCGGCGGAUAUCGUCCUUUAAAAUGUCCACGCCAGG